CACUACGAGGUCCUCGGCGUCGACAAGCACGUCAACGACGCGACCCUGAAAAAGGCCUACUACGCCAAAUCCCGGGACCACCACCCGGACCGGAAUCGGCACGACAUGUACGCGCAGGCGAAGAUGGAGCGCAUCGCCAACGCCUACGCCAUCCUCUCCGACCCGAAGCAGCGCACGGCCUACAACCAG